CCCGUCGUCCGCUAGCGACGCUAGACGCAGUAGGCGCAGUACUCCAUGGUCCGUAGUUUUUCAAGAUGUCGUCGCUGGAACAGAGACUCUCCCGGAUCGAGGAGAAACUGAAACAGGAGAAUAAGGAGGCCCGCCGACGUAUCGACCUUAACAUCGACAUGAGUCCUCAGCGUUCGCGCCCAAGGCCAAUCAUCGUGAUCCAGCUCAGUCCUGCUCCAGCCCCUUCCCAACGUGCAGCUCUACAGCUCCCCCUUGCAAACGACGGAGGGAGCCGCUCGUCAUCAUCGGAGAACUCGCCCCAGCACCACGCCUACCCCAGCCGGCCUCGGCACAUGCUGACCCUGCCGACCCCGCCGUACAGCCUACAGAAGAGCCUGGAGAAUGCUGAGAUCGACCAGAAGCUCCAGGAGAUCAUGAAGCAGACAGGGUACCUGAAGAUAGAUGGGCAGCGGUACCCGGCGGAGGUGAGCGACCUGAUCAGCGAGGGCGAGAUCGGCAGUGGCACCUGUGGUCAGGUCUUCAAGGUGCGCUUUAAGAAGACGGGCCAUGUGAUCGCCGUCAAGCAAAUGCGAAGGACGGGCAACAAGGACGAGAACAAGAGGAUCCUGAUGGAUUUGGACGUUGUCCUGAAGAGUCAUGAUUGUCCAUACAUCAUCCAGUGCUACGGCGCCAUAGUGACCAACACCGACGUGUUCAUCGCCAUGGAGCUGAUGGGCACGUGUGCCGAGAAGCUGAAGAAAAGGAUCCAGGGUCCGAUUCCUGAGCGCAUCCUGGGCAAGAUGACUGUUGCAAUUGUGAAGGCGCUGCUGUACCUCAAGGAGAAGCAUGGCGUGAUCCACAGAGACGUCAAGCCAUCCAACAUCCUGCUAGACGCUAAGGGUCAGAUCAAGCUGUGCGACUUCGGCAUCAGUGGGCGCCUGGUGGACUCCAAGGCCAAGACCCGCAGCGCUGGCUGUGCUGCCUACAUGGCUCCUGAGAGAAUAGACCCUCCUGACCCCAGUAAGCCCGACUACGACAUCAGGGCAGAUGUCUGGAGCCUGGGGAUCUCUUUGGUGGAGCUGGCCACGGGGCAGUUCCCCUACAAGAACUGUAAGACGGACUUCGAGGUGCUGACCAAAGUGCUGCAGGAGGACCCGCCGCUGCUCCCACUCAGCAUGGGGUUUUCCCUCGACUUCCAGUCCUUCGUCAAAGACUGCCUCACGAAGGAUCACAGAAAAAGGCCAAAAUAUCACAAGCUGCUUGAGCACAGCUUCAUCCGACGCUACGAGGUCCAGGAAGUGGACGUAGCAGGCUGGUUCCAGGGGGUGAUGGAGCGCACCGAGUCUCCACGCAGCAGCCAGUGUUACAGCCCGCAUCAGCUGCAGUCGCUCUUCAGCAGGUAGCUGGAGAAGCCAGGCGGGGAAGCAGGCGAGCAAGCAAGCUGGAGGACUGGAGGACCGAGGCCCAGAGGGGGAGGGGUGGGGAAGGAGG